CAAACUGAGAAAACUGCCGUUAAAACUGUAGAUGAAGAAGGUCCUGUUAAAGACAAAGGGAAACUCGAAAAACAGCACCUAAUUGAAACAGAGACGAAGCAAAAACAGAAAGAAAAUGUAGUACCUCAACCUGAGGAGAAAAUUCUAACAGAAGCACCUAAGCAAGCAUUAGAGAAACGGUUGGCUUCACAACAAACUUCUCAGCCUGGCGUGGAAAAGAAAUUGGCCGACACCUCGCAAAAGAGCCAGAAAGCAUCGAAACCCGACUUCGGGAAGGAGCGAGAGGAGGACCUAAUGCCCGCUUUAUUCUCUCGACGCAGCGAGGCAGAUCUUUUCAAAGAACAACCCUUGAAAGACAUUAAAAAAUCUCCUGAGGAAGUUUUGCAGAAUCCUCAAGAGAUUGGAAAGGAGGUUCCG